CACUGCAAACUGCGUAUUUUGAAUUAAAUUUAGCCUGUUUUAAACGGUUCGUUUCGAUAAAUGGGUUAAGGUUAAUUCACCCACAACAUUAACAUACUUCAGUACAGGUUGUAAAUAGGAUGUGUAGCAACAUUGUAUUUGGGAAACUGUUAUGUGUUACUAGUCCAUUAUGUGCUGGAUUUUGGAACACAAUUAUGGAAAUAGAGAACGAUAGAUCAAAAAAAGGAAUUAUGUAAAAAUCCAUAGUAUCCACUUCAAUACCCAGCCAGUAUUUGUUAGACAUUGGCUUAUCUUUUAAAGUAUUCAAUUUGGAUAUACCCAAGCUUGUUUUAACAGUUGCAGCCCACAUUUUUCUGUGCUGUUCAAAAUGGAAUACAGAAACAUCAAACGUAGACUUGCUGAAGCUCCAAAAUACUCAACUCUUACCGGCACAGAACCUGCUGUGUGUCACCCAGUUAGACUCAAACACAUUGGUGAAGACAUAUUAUACGUUCGCGUUCGUGCCGUGUGCUCUGUCAACGAGGUAACGUUUGUUCGCCGAGAUGUAUCGCCAGAUAUAGACGGUCUUUGGGAGAAAAUCGUGGCCGACAUGAACAUGUUUUACCGAGAAAAUGUGGCUCAAUUGAAACCAGUUGCGACCCUAGAAAAGGAUCGCCUCUACGCUGUGGAAUUGAAUGGAAUGUGGACCCGUGUGGUGUUUUGUGAUUUUAAUGAGGCGGGUGACGCAAAAUUAGAAAUUGUUGAUGAAGGCUACUUUGAAACAGUUUCACCCUCAGCCGUUUUCCCGCUGGAGUGUCGCUUUGGUAUCUUCCCUUGUCAAAGCACUCGAUGUGUUCUUUAUGACUUGCAACACUUCUCUUUCGUUUUAUCGAAACUCGUCUUUGAUGCUGUUACAGAGCACCUUCUUGAUGAAAUGCUGAAUGCAGUCAUUAUCUCUCGGGAGCCAAAUUUGACGGUUGUUUUUUUCAAACCUCCUGAACUAAAUUUGAAUGAAUUUAUACUGCUCCAAGUAGCCAAGCAUGUUUGGUCGAUUCCACCCAAGGAUGAUGAAAAAGACGUACCGGAAGAUCCUUUGAUGAAUGACCCAUGCAUUUCAUAUCGCAUCAAGGCAUCUCUGCUGGACAACUUGCUUUUCUUUAUGGCAAUCAAGCGUUUCCAACUCCCACCUACCUCAGAAGUCACCGUCGACGGGCUUUACUUAGGAAACAAUGCCAAGGGUAGAUGGUUCCGUAUGCGGCUUGAAAGCAACAUCCCAGUUGCUGAUCAUCGAAAAGUUAAAGUCAGAUUAAUCGACUAUGGAAAUUCCGUUGAGAUUGUGCCGAGAAAUUGUCUGUGGGAUCUGAAUUCCAUGUCUCCCGUAAUAGCCGCGAUUCCUAAUCACGAAUUUACCGUUCUACCUCUCAGCUGCUUGUGUGCCCGUGUUGUAAGUAUGAACGAAAUCGAUUUACAGUCGGCUCCUUCAUCUGUGCAGUCGUUUGUUUGCAACCACAUUUUCCCAUUUUGAUGUAUUUUCUUAUAUUUUUCUGGACAAGAUGCUUUGCAUUUGAAAUUCGUUGAGUACGUACCUUCCCUCUCCCUUUCUGUUCAAACUUCAAAUAUUUUUGAAAAAAAUUGACGUGUCUCUCGUUUGUUGACCUUUGGCGCCAAAUCUUCAAACUGAUUGGCAUUAUUUUUCCGGUUAUUUGUCAGUUAUAACUGUUAUAUUGUUUGUUAUAAGAUAAACAAUGUCUUUCAAAUUUGUA